UUCAUGUCAUCCAUCACAGGUGUGUGAUGUGAAAAAUUGAAUUAAAUUCACCGAAAAUUAGCUGAAAAUGGCAGAUCAGUUACUUAUUCACGAUGAUAUUAAACUAUUUACAACGUCAGACAAGUUCUUCCUGGAGCCCACCAUCAAUCCAACGGAGACGAUGGUCAUUGACCGGAUCACAGGAGUCGCCACCGUUGAAGACACACAAUCGGUGAAGAUUCCUAUCCCGGCGAGCGCAUACAAGCCCGUGUGUGGCUUCCUUGGUACGAUCAAGUUGGUGUCUGGCCUCUACCUCAUCGUCGCCAAAUAUAGGAUACUGGUGGGUACAAUCAACGGGCAAGAUGUCUACGAGUUGGCUGGCUAUGAGAUGAUUCCAUUUUCCCGUACAAACACACACCUCACUAGCAAACAGGUAGAGGAUAACGCGACAUAUGAGAAAAUGUUGCGGCAGGCGCUUGAGACGCCUGGUAUCUACUUCUCAUACGGAUACGACAUGACGCAUUCCGUGCAGCGGCUGUACAACGUGGCGGCGGACUUCACUAAGAUGGGCCUGGCCAACCGAGCUGACCCUCGGUUCCUGUGGAACGGCCACCUGCUGCGAGACUACUCCGACCCCAAGUUCUCCAGGUUCACGCUGCCACUCAUACAGGGAUUCGUGUCAAUAAACCGGACGACGGUGAACGGUCAGCAGGUCACGUGGUCCUUGGUCUCGCGCCGCAGCGUGGACCGCGCUGGGACCAGGUUCUUCAUGCGGGGGGUAGACACCCAGGGUUACGUAGCGAACUACGUGGAAACGGAGCAAAUAAUCGAGAAAGGUGGCCAGAAGACCUCCUUCGUACAGACCCGAGGGUCCAUACCGCUUUACUGGACGCAGUACCCCAACUUGAAGUACAAGCCACACAUGGAGUUGUCUCAUGAGGACCACGUCGCCGCGUACUCCAAGCAUCUGAUCGACCAGCAUCAACGGUACGGGAAUCAGGUGCUUCUGAACCUGAUCGACCAGCGCGGCAACGAAGAGGACCUGGAGCGUGGCUACCGCGCGGCGGUGGCGGCCGCGGCGCUGCCCGGCGUCAGGUACGAGCCCUUCGACUUCCACGCCGAGUGCCGCGGCAUGAGAUACGACAGGCUCAACGUGCUCAUAGACAGGAUCUCGCAUGAACAGACAGAAUUCGGCUAUUUCAUGGCUAACGGGGGCAGCAUCAUGAUGCAACAGACAGGAGUGUUCAGGACCAACUGCGUGGACUGCUUGGACCGCACCAAUGUGGUGCAGAGCAUGUUGGCCAAGAGACAGAUGACCGCUGCUUUGAAGAUGUUGGAGGUAGUUAAAGGAGACGAGAGUAAUCCCAAGCUGGAUGGCUUGUUUAAUACGGUUUGGGCGGACCACGCGGACAUGAUAUCGACGCAGUACUCGGGCACGGGCGCGCUCAAGACGGACUUCACGCGUACAGGCAAGCGGACCCACAUCGGUAUGAUCCGAGACGGGAUCAACUCGCUCACUAGGUACUACAAGAACAACUUCAGCGACGGAUUCCGACAGGAUACCAUCGACCUGAUUCUGGGUAAAUACGUGGUGGCGGAUGGCGAGGGCAACUCAGUCCCGAGUCCACUGCGUCGCGAGCGGGACUGGAAGUACUACACUAUGCCGUCAGUGCUUCUAGUGUCGAUGGCGAUGUUCGCCGCGAGCGCCAUCCAGCCGGAGUGCUACGACACGGAGGCACUGCUGUUCAUGCUGUUCUGGGGCGCCACUAUCGGGGCGACUAUCGCCUUUAUAUUCAAACACGGCAAGGACUUCGUGGACUGGCCGCGGCUGGACGCGGGCGGGCUCGCCGCGUCGCUGGCGCAGCCGCCGCCGUCGUUAUGAUAGACAGCUUGCAUCUCGUCGUCGUCGUCUAGCCUACCUGCGCACGAUGCAGUCUUUGGCCAACUAUAGGAGCGGGAGGGGAACGUUUAUUUCACAGAUUUUAAGCUUAAUGUACACAGGCGGCACCGAGAGUUUUUGUUUACUUAUUGUAGUUACCUUCACUGCUUGACCGGACAGUUAGGGAGCGCCUUAGCCUGGGAGUGUGGUAAGCUCCAACCCAAGGUUGUCUGAAUAGAUGGCGUAAGGGUAGCCACACCAUUCGAUGAUCGAAAUUAUUAUUUUUAUCAUAGAUAAACUAAGCUAAAUGAGCUCUACAUCUUUUUGUCACUACAGAGAAUCUACAGACGAUAAAAAUUAUUAUAAACCCUUCGUAUUUUCUUCAGGUUUACUCUGGGUCUGAAGUCAUUGACGACUUCCUAUUAGAAUGUUCUUUCUGAAGCGUAUGCUGUCGCUAACUGAGCGUAGCGUCUCUAUGGUUGGGGCAUAGAGUAAACGAUAAGACAUAUAGAAGGGACACUCCGUCCCGCUCUGUUACGAGCUUGAUUUUAUUUGAUUACCUCACCAUACGGACUACGUUAGCCAAUUUAAGCCGUAAGCCGUUGAGGUUGAGCGCGCGCGGUUUUUCUGUCUCGGUCGCACGCACGUGGUAAGAACGAGAUUUUUAUACGGAGUGUCCAGGGUGUAGAAAAGCUUUUCAGAAACUACGCGGCCCAUUCCGGUACCGCCCCUCUGUGCAUUAGAUCCAAUUACCUCUCUAUGUUCCUGGGUCUUCCGGUCAUUUCGGUAAUUCGGACUUCGUUUUGGUGUCGUGGACUAACUUAAUGUCUAUAAAAAUAACUUCAUUCAUAGUAAUCAUUUAUUUAUUCAACAUUUCAUUGAACACUGCAAUAAAAACAAAAUGGUAAAUACUUACUACAAUUCGAUAAAACAUAUGUUGACAGGUUUAUAACCAAAACAUUAUUUAGCAAACAGAAAGCUCGGUGAGGUGUGGGUACUUGGUUCAUCUUACGAUGCAUGUACCUCUGACUACCCUAUUGGGAUAUAGUCGUAAGGUUAUGUAUGUUUUUAUUUAGCUUGUUUCAAAACAGUUACAUAAAAUUAUUUUGGUGGCCACAAAUGCUUUUUGCUAUAUAAAGACUGCAUCGUCACCUAGUUAUUACUCUUCCAGUUUAAAGAUGUCCAAUUAGACCCAACAUGGUUCCUUGUAAGGCAAAAACUUGUUUGCACCUGUUUUCGCUAGUCUAAUAUCAGUUUAUUCGAUAUUUAAAAUCAAAAUAGUUGAAUAAUGAUAAUACAUUUUUCUUUUUUUUUUAUGCCUUCCUAGCAAAGAGAAUUAAUUCACUUUCCGAGCUAUAACAAAUGAAUCGAUGUAAUGUCAGUUGCUAAUUCUGUACAUUGGUACAAAAUAUUAAGACGUACAUUUCUUUGCGAUUGAUAUGGACUCAUGUGCAACUUUUUUGUGAGGAAAUGUUACCUAUAUUGGAUUUGAUCUGUCACCUGACCUAACCUAACGAUCGUACUGAAUUGAACACUAUUUACAGAGAAAUAGCAUUCCAUAUUGGGUUCACUAUGAGGAAUACCAAAUACAGUACUGCUGUUAGGAUAACCGUGCAUUUUAUAGACAAGAUAGGGCUUGCAGCGGUCGGUAUCUCUUGAACGACAUUUUGUGAACUGUUGUUUGGUAUUUCGCAAACCAGUACUACCCUAGUGUGAAAAUAAUUUGAACAAAAUUGAACAUUUCCUGGUCAAAGAUCGAUCUUCAUGACUUCCAAUGAAAUUGAACUGUUUAUACAUAAAAAAUACUACACAAAAACAAAACAAAUUACAAACUAUUUCUAUUAUUAUUGUAUAAAGUGGUUAUUGUCAAUUUUGUCUUAAAACAUAUACAUUGUACUAUAAAUAAAUAAUUAUUUUGUUAUAAUUGAAAUGCACUGUUCUUACAAUAGUUUGAUUUCAUUGGAAGCGCUAUCGCUCCUUGAUUUAUAUUCCUAUUUUAACUGGAAAGUCGAUUAUAGAUGAACUCAAAGUUAGUUUGUACUUCAUAGUAGGCUGUAUGUUAGAAGUUGCGUUUGCCGGAAUUUAAAAAGGCAGCUGAAAUGGUGGCGCCAUUUUUUAAACUGAUGUAAAUAUGGUCGCAAAUAUGAAUGAAAUCUUUUUAUUGUGUAAAUUAAUUAAUUUUGUUGACCGAGUUGUGUGUAAAAAGUGUUCUGUCACGUAUUUUUUAAACUACUUACUAUGUAAAGUAUAUGAGUAAUGUGUAUUUGUUUAUUAUUUUUAUAUAAUAGUGAACAAUAGUUACAACGAAUACUUAUAACCGAUGCAUAAUAUUAUAUUUUAUCCAGCUCUAUAAUCGUCUUUCCGAGUUAAUUUCAUGUGAGAUGGCUAAGAACGAAACGCGAGAUGUUUGGUUGUAUGUAGCUUUGGAUGGUAUGGCAUUGUUAACGGAAAUGUGAUAAGAUUAUGUAAAUAUAACAUUAUUGAUAUGAUAAUGGAGGAUUCACACAGAUUUUUUAACAUUCCAUAACGUAAAAGUAUAAUCUUUAAAAACGUGACCUAAAGAGUUGAAAUUGAGAGUGAGACCGAAAAACUUGAAAAACGUUUUCGAAAUUGUUUUAAAUACGGAAACGCGCGUGAAUCCUUACAUUUAAAUUGUUAUUUAGAACAAUUUUUAAAUAUUUUCUUUGUAAAUAUGUUUUUCACUUCUAUACAUUUUUGCUUAACAAUGUUACAUCCAAAGACAUUUUUAAUGUUAUUUUUUAUCAUCUUGUGAUUGUAUAAUUUUAACUAUUGUAAUUUUGUGGAAAGGAUAUUAUUAAAUUGAAUUUUAAAAUUAA